AAAGACAGAAACACAUCUCUCAAAGAAAGGAGAUUUGGGUACAGUUUAUCCAGUGAUGAUCUAAUAGUUUUGUUAGGCUACCAGGUCUUGGUGGUUUACCACAUUUGUUAUGAGUCCAAUUUUCUUUAUAUCUUUUAAUAAUUCUUUGAUCUCCAAUGUCAGAAACUCCCACAUCCUUUCCUCCUUCCUCCUGCAAAUGGAAUACAUUCUGUCUGAUCUCCUCAGAAAUAUCUCCUGAAAAACGUAAUGGACAUUUAGACUGGAAAUCCAUAAAUUAAGUCUGGUCACUGACAUUUUAGCCCAAUCUAAAGAGCCUGGUGUCAUAUUCAAAGAGCAGAAUGAUAUAUUGAUUCAAUUCUGCAGUGCAGGCCAUAGCAUAGGUAGGUACAUCAUGGAUUACCUGACUGGAAUCAACAGCUGCAGUAUAAAUCCUUCCCUUGUUUUAGCCUGAAUGGAAAUACACACUGCAUACUUCUUUAAAGCCACUGUGGCUUGAAACAAACAUUGCUGCUUGGGUACUUGGCCGUGGGUCCCUUAUCCUGGGCUCUGAGUGAUAAGAGACAGUUACAGCUUCUCUGUGCUCUCUUCUCACCAGCUGUGGAAUAGUAAGGCAUGCAACAGCUCUCUUCUAUACAGUAUCUAUGGACAUUACACAGAUGGAAAUACAUGCAAAAUGGGGAAAAGUUCAUGGUUAAAUCAGCAUGUUUAUACACCAAUCUGUUGUGAAAGGAGUAAAUGCUCUGCCUCCAGAGGAUCGUCUGCUGAAGUUCUUGGUGGCCAAUUCUGUGGACUGUGAGGAAACUGUGCAGUGUGCCAACUGUGACUGGGAGUGCAAAAAGCAGGAUGUGGAUGCAAUGUAUUAUUGCAACACUUGUAACCAGCCGUUAUGUGGAAACUGCAGGGAAGCCACCCACAAGGCCAAGAUGUUCUCGCGUCAUGAAAUUGUCUCCCUGGCCAAACGCACCAAAGAAGCACAUAAAAAGUGUGCCCUUCAUGAAGAACUAUACAUCAUGUUCUCCACAGAGAAGAAGUCCAUGCUUUGCAUCAACUGUUUCCGAGACAUGCCAGUGGAGAGCAGAGCGCACUGCAUUGAUAUUGAGACAGCGUAUAUGCAGGGCUGUGAAAAACUGGACCAAGCCGUCCUAGCUGUGAAGGAGCUCCAGACAUCAGCCCGGGAAGCUAUUGUUCUGCUGAAGGCUAUGAUCGGAGAAGUUCGAGCCAAUGUGAAUGAGGAGGAGACAGCCAUCUGCACUCUUUUUAAUAGUAUGCAGGAAAAACUGGCCGACAGAAAGAGGGUUCUCCUUAAGGCAGCUCAAAGUCAGCAUGAGGAAAAGGAAAGAGCUUUUAAAGAGCAGCUGUCUCACCUGGCUGCACUACUGCCCACUCUCCAGGUUCAUCUAGUGACUUGCUCUGCCUUCCUUAGUUCUGCAAAUAAAUUUGAGUUUUUAGACAUGGGUUAUCAACUGAUGGAGAGGCUGAAGAAGAUUGUGAAGCUGCCUCACAGGCUGAGGCCAGCACAAAGCAGUAAGAUAAACACGGAGUACCGGUCUGAAUUUGCCCGCUGCCUGGAGCCUCUCUUGCUGCUGGGCCAACGUCGUUCAGUGUCCACUGCAGGCAGCGUGUCAGGGCUGUGCCUGGCCAAUGGUGGUGGACUGCUGCCCUCAUCCCUGUCAGUGGCCUGUCACUCUCCAGUCACCAGUGACGUGUCCCUAGGUUCCACGGUGGUGCGUAAGCCCACUUCCCAUCGCUACAUCAGCACUAAAGUCCUGCUAGCUGAGGGCGGGGAAAGCCCCUUCAUGGAGCACUGCCGCAACUAUGAGAACAGCUACAGGGGUUUGCAGACUGAGAUCCAGAAACUUAAAGACCAGGUGCAGGAGAUUCACAGGGACUUGACCAAGCAUCAUUCCCUCAUAAAGACAGACACCAUGUGUGAGAUCCUGGACAGGUCUCUGCUGAUGGACAGAGAAAUCUCCUCUGAGUAUUCCUCUGUUGAGGUGAUGAGGGCCAUGUUUGAGGAGAUUUGGGAAGAGACAUACCAGAGGGUGGCAAAUGAGCAAGAAAUUUAUGAAGCACAACUUCAUGACUUACUGCAGUUAAAGCAAGAGAAUUCUUAUCUGACUACCAUUGCUCGGCAAAUAGGUCCUUAUAUCCGUUCAAUAGCAAAGGUUAAAGAACGUUUAGAGCCCAGCAGGCUGAAGGAGCCUAAGGAGCUUAAAGAUGACCGUGCUGAGACAAUGCUGAAAAUUUAUGAGGAUAGCACCAUGACGGCUGAUACUCAGCACAGCAAUGAACUGACCUGUGCCCAUGAGGACUACUGCACUCUACACAGCCUAUCAGAUGACUCAGGUCACAAAAGCAAGGAUCUGUACAGGCUGAGUAAGCAGAAAUGCACAGCUGACAUGGGCCCCUGUUCCUCUGUCAAACCACAGCUCAGCUGAUUAAGCCUGCAGGCAAUUCCCUUGACUAUCUGAGUUACAUGUUAAGACAAGACAACAGACAAGGCCCUGAGGAUUAGGGGUUUAAUGAUACAAGUUCAAAAUCUGAUUUGAUAUGAUUCGGCUGUGUCUCAGUAUGAUACAGCAUAAGUGCCUAACAGUAUGCCUUGUUUUACUAUGUUAAUACUAAUAUGUUAACGCGCCCAGCACAAAUGCAUGCACACCAAGGGUGUAAUGAUUAUAUUUUCAUCUUUAAUAAGAUUUCCCAUACUUAUGUCAAGAUUCUAUUUGAUUUUUGAUUUGUAUUAAAAUGUGUUGAUCCUACAGAGCUGCAAUUAUAUACUUUUAUAUCGUUGCUGUCCAAUGAAAAACAUGCAUCUCCAUUUUUUGCAAUUUUUACUUUUCUGCAUCAUUUGAGCUCAGCAGCUGUCCUUUACAUUGUGUGAGAAUUUAAUGCUGUUGGGACCAAAAGAAAUGCUCCAAAAUUGCUUAGAAUAAAACCUUUAUCCACUAACUUACAUUGAAAGUAAAGAAAGUUAUUGCUCUCUCCUGGAAAGUUACUAUUUUGGAGAUAUUUGUUUUUUGUUGGACAGCAACGAUUUAUUACGUAAUAUAAAAGCUUCCCCAAAAAAUUGGAGUGGGUGUGUCCAUAUCAUGAGCCCACCCUUCCUGACCUCUUUCAUUUAAUAGGACACAGCCAUUUGCCUAAUCAUUGACGGCAGUUUUUAUGGAAGACAGUAAAUGAGACAAGAGGCAUACGGUCAUAUAAUUUAGAUUUUCGGUACAUUAUUUCAAUUUUUCUAUUUUCUAUUGAAAUCGUUACACCUUUACUGAUGGUGUGUAGAAAGUGAUAGAUUCUAAUAUGGAUCAGACGUGUUUUCGACCGGCACUAAUUAAAUAUUCAUACUAAAACAUAAUCAGAACAAAUCCACACAGUGCUAGUUAUAUUUUGUCCUGUCAUUGCCAUUAUAUAUGCCGUUAUAUUUAGGCCUGUCAUUGCCAUAAAAAUAAUUAACAAUUUGUAUUUUUGAUCUUUGUAUGCAAGUAUUAAAAUAAAAACUGAAUGUGGCCAAAUUGGCUCAUUAGCCA